AUGACAGAUCCGUUUGAAGUGCGCAUGCGCUUCACAGCGCAGCUCCAACAUCUAAGUGCGUCUGUCACAUCAUCCCAGAAAGCCGCCCACUAUGCUCUCAAGUACCGCGACAUGGACGAGGAUCUUCACUCGUGUAUUCUAGAACAGCUCGAAAGGAAUAACAUGAACAACAGAGCGAACAUCAUGUAUUUCAUCGAGCAUUUCUGCGAAAUGGCCACGAAGGAAAACCACCUUAACUACGUCCGGAUGAUUCAGAGGGAUAUUCUGCGCGUGGUCGAUGCUGUUGCGCCAGCAGACGGGUCCGGUGCUGCCAACGUCAAACACGUCCGUCGGGUCCUCCAGGGUCUACAGAACAAGUCGAUUCUCUCUGCCGAAACCGUGGCGGAGAUUGACGCCGCUCUCAAAGAGCGUGAAACGCACCCCUUACACCUGCUUGACCUUGAACCUGCGGAGGGACAGGAUGCCUCGGGGAAAUCGAAGUCGGGGACCCCGCGAGGGUCGAAAGCCAACGGUAUCAUGCGUGUCGAUAAAAGGCAGAUCGAGCAGCGGAUUGAAGAGGAUCGAGAGCGCAACAAACGUCUACGAGAAAGCAUGUGGGCGGUGAGCGGUGACGACCGAGGCGAGUUUCGGAAGUUCUGGGACGAGGGUAGUGAUACGGGGGAAGAUGAUUAUCUCGGAGCCGAGGAAGAAGUCAUGGAAAGGAACCAAAUGGUGGCUGUGUCUUUUUUUGCAAGUCCUGUCUGGCUACAGGGUAUUUCGGAGUUAUGGGUCAUGAGAACGGCUGCUAUGGGAACUGGCGUGCAUUAUUUACAUACAUUACGGAAUACAUGGCUGUUUGCAAUUGACUUUCGUUUUUUUGGUCGCCCUAUGUUCUCGCAAUUUUUCACUGCGGCAAAGGGUCUAUUCGCAACGCAGGACUCCGCCCCAGACGUCUCAUCCGCCGACUCUCUUGCGGCCUCCACGAACGGACCCCAAAAUCAAUCGCCUCAAACUUCUAACAUGGUGACUGUUACAAGACAAGGGCAGAUUUCGUCCCCGGAGUCUGGGGAUUCUCCAAAGUUGAAUGACUCUGGCAUCGCGAACGGAAAGAGGAAGGGUCGCCCGGUUGGCUCAGGCAAUACGGACGGUCAAUCCAACAAGCGGAGGAAGAGAGAGUCCUUGGAGGUCUCCGAGCAACACGAUUCUCCUGACAUACCAGAAACACAAGAUGUGAAUGGUGGGGUGCAGACCGGCGCUGUCGAUGGAGUGGAAUCCCCCAGUGAGGAAAAAUUACAAGCCUCACAAAACAAAGAUCAAAUUGCAGAGGAGUCCGCAUCAGCUCCGAAAAAGUCAAAUCACAUUCGAUUUGGAAGCGAGGAACCCGACGAACCAGUGAACAUGGUGGAAGAGGAAGUUGCAGAGACUCAACAAGAAGAGGAGGAGGAGGAAAGCGAUGACGAUGAGGCACCUGAAGCCAUCGAUAAUUCUGCCCAGUUGAAGGCACUAAAGGCUCAAACACAGAAGCAGGAAGAGGCUAAAAGGAGGCUGACUGCUUUCAGGGCCGAACUUCUGAAGAAAGAGAAAAGAAGACAGUUGGAUGAACAGCUCAAGUUACAGGCCAAAGCGUCGGGCAAGAAAAAGAAGGAGUCAUCAGUGGGAUCGCGAACGUCCGAGCAUAAAUCAGCUCCAGAUGACUCGGUUUCCGAAAGCACCGCAACCCUUCAAGGGUCAGUCGCGAAGGAGUCGGGCCGCCUUACCCUCCCUGCACUUCUCCCUGACGAGAUCUUGAACGCGGAACCUGUUGCUAGGCCUCCAACGCCUCCACCAGAGUCAGGCGACCUUCAGCGGAAAAAGCCCCAAAAACUCAAGUUUCUUGAGAAGGCGGAGAAGCCACCCAAAGAUAUCCAUCGUGGUGGUGUGACCAUUCGGGUUCUAGAGGACCAUUCGUCCAGCAAGAAAGCGACGCCCACUCUACCGCCGAAGAUGUCCAAAGCAGGACGCAAUAUACGAGAGGCCUGGAUAGCUGGCCAACGCAACAAGAAUAAUCUCAACGGUCUCAGACGGGUCCCUGGGGGCCCUUCGAGCUUUUUGUGCGACAAAAUGAGAUACCCGGUCCUUCAGCCAAGCCUGGUCUGUGCAGUUUUGAAUAAUUCCAUAGAUAAUGAAAUUCCUAAUGCGGGCCGCCGGGCCAGUGCACGUGCGGAGAGCAGCAGUUCGCAGGCGGCAGCACCGUCUGGGCGGGUCCGAGCUCCGUCAAGCCCCAAGCAAGAUACGCUGGGCUGUUCUUCUGGAUCUGCAGCGCUUAACAGGCAGGUUCGGUCCCUUCGUGCUGUCAAUGGAACUGUCCUUGAGCCGGCCUCUCUCUCCAUCGCCUUCAUCUCCCCCAAUGCCACAGCGACCAUGGCGACAACAGAAACCUCUCCGCUCUUACCCCAAUACCAGCGCUCUGGCUCCUCGACUACGUCACCGCGGGCAGACCGUCCGACUCGAACGGUGACAUUCAAUCCUCUCACCACCAUCAGCACCUACAAUGGGACAUCAACUUCAGAUUCCACCGUCCGGCCCUUGCAGACGGGCUCGCCUCCCGUAUCGUCCAGUGGACAGCCCAUGCUGUCUGCCUUGAACAGCAAGCUCCGCAGGCGGAAUAGCUAUGGCGCGCCCUACAAUACUCCGAGUACUGCCCCAGCCGCCCCUAAGAUCGGACCGCAGAGGACGACGAAGAACGCACAGAAAUUGAAGCUUCUACCUGAUCCUGUGACCGGCGAGGAGGACGAGUUCGUCGACGACACAUUCCCGCGUGAUGUCUACUCGCAGCUCACCCGCAUCAAAGAACCCACAGCAAGAAGAGACGCGGCAAGGUUAGGUAAAGCGGAUCGCGAUCGCUUACCAAGGGUGACGGCGUAUUGUACUGCGAAUUCAUACCGGCUGGACGGCGUCAUUCGAUUCCUCAAGUCCAGAGCAAAGACUCGCGGGGCAAAUCCAAAGCUCUACGAUGAGUGCGUCUACUCGCCAUACAAUUACGACUACGAGGCAAGACAGGCAGAAACAUCAUCGCAGGGAAAGAAUGGGCGGAAUGCAGAUGCCAUCCCGCCAUCGAAACCGCAGGGCGAGCGCAGAUAUUCUGACAGCGCUGUGGAGGUUGAAGACAACACGAAAAAUAGACGGGAAGACUUGAUCGAUCUUAGUGAUGAACGUGCCGAACGUUCAAGAAGUGCAGAAUCGGUGCCGUCUUCCUCGGAAGUAGAUGAGCGACUGGAUCUUGACACCACUGUUCACACCCCCGAGAUUUUCCUCUUCGACUACGGCACGGUCGUGAUUUGGGGCAUGACUCCGGCGCAAGAAUCGCGCUUCCUGGCGGAUGUGUCCAAAUUUGCGACAUCGAUCCUGAGCCCUGAGGAUACCCAAGUCGAGAACUUUAAUUUCUACUAUGCGCGUGAUUAUCAAGCGCGCAUAUACAACGAUUUCAUCUCUCUCCGCGAGCCCCGAAACCACAUGAUCAAGCUCGCCAUCUCUCAUGCAUUGUCACAGUCAGUGAAAACGUCGCUUUUCGAGGAUCUCGUCUCCGAAACCAUCUCCAAAACGGCGCCGCUUCCCGCUCAGAUUGCGAAGACAGGGAGCGUCAACAUGACCCGGCGACAAAUCAACAUGCAGAUCGGGGAACUUUUUAUCCUACGCAUCAACAUCCACUUGCAAGGAUCCGUGCUCGACAGUCCGGAACUCUUUUGGGCGGAACCACAAUUGGAACCAGUCUAUCAGGCCGUACGGAGUUAUCUGGAGAUGGACCAGCGGGUCGGCCUGUUGACGGAACGGCUAGACGUGAUUGCGGAUCUCCUGGCAGUGUUGAAAGACCAGCUGACCCACCGCCAUGGGGAAUAUCUAGAAUGGAUUGUAAUUGUCCUAAUUGCCGCGGAAAUCCUCGUCGCUGCGAUCAACAUUGUUGUCGAUUUGUAUGCCGGAGUUGAGUAG